AUGCCUGAAUCACCCCCACCCCCUGCAAGUCAAUCCUACUUAACUCCCAUACACCUCGAUCCAAACCUUCAAGUCCUAUCGCCCCACGUUUCUGAUUCAAGCACCACCACCCCCCUGCAGAUCAUAUCGCCGGUCAACUGGGGUCAAAGCCCAAGUCAAAUCACUGGGCAAGCUCUUCAGCUCGCAAUCAUCCCACCUUCAGUGAAUGCUACUAGCUGGAAUUUAUCACAAUCUAAUAGUCUCACCCAACAAUUUCCGAUCAGUAACUCACCUUUGAUCACUAUGGCUCCGGUUACUCCGGGUACUUCGACUCAAAAAGAGCCCAGUUCAGAUGCACCAAAGAAAAAACGUAAAUACACAAGGAGGAAGACCUCAGAUUCAACAACAAGGUCAGAGACCAAAAAAAAAACCCCUCAAGAAUCAAAUGAAGAAAAGAAAAACACUUCAUGGAGAACUGAACUUAAUUCUGAGGGGAAAAGCGCUAUUGUUCUAAUAAUCGAGUGGUUGGGAACCGCAACUACGACUGGUACACGAUAUGAUUGGUGGAAGGGAGAGAUGGAUAUGGAUACGCGAACAAUUUACAGCAAAAAGGAUGUUGGGGAAAAAGUUGCUGAGUACUUGGCCGAACAAGGUUUACCAGGUCGAGAUGGGAAAGGUGUAGAGACACAGAUCCGAACCCUUCAAUCGACUUUCACCAUUGCUCAAGACUUCCGAAGUGGAACUGGGCAAGGUAUUUUGGAAGACUUAGAACAACAAGCACGACUUGAAAAAACCGAGAUGGGGUACUUAUCUGAUAGUGAUGAAUGGAAGGCAAUAGAGCAUUCAACCAAAUCAAAGUUUGACCAGCUUUUGUUCCAACGAUGCGUCUACUACUACGAUCUCUUACCUUUUAUGUCAACUCGCACUAAUGUGAUACCCCAGUCCGUACGUGAAAGUGGGGAUGUUUUAGAUGAAGAUAGUGUUCUUCCUCUUCCCUCUACCAAGCGCACAUGUAGCCACUCUCCAGAUAGCAAUAUAUUGUCAUUACACAAAACCCGAGAUUUUGAUAUAAGUCCUUUGGAAAACAAUGGCGAGCUUACCCAAGAUUUAGACUUCACCAUCUCGUCCAACGGUCCUGAUAUUAUUUCAAUGUCCCAAGCCCGAAGAUCUUCACCAUCUCCAGACAAGUCAAGCAAAGGUGUAAGCGCUCACCGCCCACCUGGACGACCUGCCAAACGACCCAGAUCAGCUCAAAUCAAUAACAAUCAAGGUUUGAGGUCGACCUCUAGCUCAGCAUCGGAUGUACACAAUCUCUUAUCUUCUCAACUACCCUCACGUGAAGAAAAAUCUGAGAGAAUCAAGCUUGAGAAGGAUCGAUGGUUAUCUGAAGAGAAGUACAUGAAGGCUGAGCAAGAUGCACGACAGGAAGAGCUUAAGACUCAGGCCAAACUGGCGGAUGCACUAUCCCGUCACCUUUCCGGAGGAGACGAUGCUUUGAAGGAUUCCGAACGCACCGAACGUGCUCAAAUCAAACUUGAGCAAGACCGAGUUGAACUCGAUCUUGCAAAAUCUCAGUUGGCUCGCAGCCGUGAAGAUCUCAUUACAGCUAGGAGCGAACGCAAGUUGGCUAUGUUAGCAAAGUAUAAGGCACUUGGUUUGUCAAUGGAGGAAGCUAAAAAAGAAGUUGAAGAGCAAGAAGAACAACUUCGUAGGGAACUUGAGGGAUAA